AUGCUCCAUCGUAAUUUGAUUCCUGGAAAGCGACCGCUAUCAGUCCGUCCGUCGCACGUCAAUGCCGCAGGAUCCUACCUGAUUGACUUUGGAGCAGAAGAAGACGACAUCAUGAGCGAGGAAAGCAUCCGGAUGCGGUUUUUUGGUUAUAGGCUGAGGGUAAUGAGAUCUUCAUUGAUGGAGGCGCGCAUCACACAAUUUGCGACUCAGCAUGCUCACGUCGUUCCUGGCUGUGAAUACGCUCGCAAUGAUCUAGCACUGUACUUGGGACCCCUCCCGUUCCCACCCAUCGCCAAUGACCGCCUACUCCAUCUCAUCAAGAACAAUCGACGUGCCAAGGUCCUCAUCCUGAUGGAUACAAAAAGCGUUGAGGCGUACUUGGCAAGUAGAGACGGGCAUGUGUACUAUGAGUUCCACAUGACAGCUGAACAAACCUCUUCUUGUCAAAUUCUACUCAUCGGCUCCUCACAGGAUCCGGAUUUCAUCGCUUUCAUUCCCAAACACCUCAUAUGGCCCAGGCGAGCGAGAAAAGACUGUGUCUUUCAAAGCCUUCGAAUUGAUGUGAAGGACAGAUUUGAACCGGUUCCGGCGUUCCCACCAGAAAUGGAACCGUUCCUUAUUCCUAUGACAAGCCUACAAGUAGCUAUAGCCAACAUGGAGGCACACAUAGAGGACCCGGGCAAGAAAUGGAUGCUGCCUCACUCCGGGGUCGAACUAAAGUGGCCCAAACCACCUCCGAGACACUCUGUUAAAGAAAUCCAACCUGAAGCGGAAGCACAUCGGAAAGCGAUGGACGAUAUGGUUCUGCCCAUACACGAAGCCUUCACGAAGGCGGGCACGGUGCUCAAGGCGGCACUACCUGGUUUGUAUCCAAUCGCGGGUGACCUCAAGUUGAUCGACGAUCGUGCCGGCAGAGCGGAAGCGAUCCUUGUCGAGCUGAAAGAUUCCCACUGCGACAUGGAGGAUGAUUCACAUCAGUCUCAUGUUAGUCUCAGGCAUAAGUCAUGGGCUCUCUUCAACCCCAACUCUCUGAUAUUCACGUUUCGAGCGCCUUGGCACUGCAUCAUCACCCAAAUCUCGGGCUCCGACGGGAAAUCACUAUGCAUCCCUCGCAAGAGAAUUCCACCCUGGUGGUGGAACAAUCACACGAGCAAGUGGCUCUCAUGGGACAUUGAUAGGUCACUGUUCAACCAAUUGACAAUCGACAUCAACCGGCCAGACGACCUGGUGCAAACAAUGGAAUCACUGUAUUCCUCGAAUGAAUUUGAAUGGCGUGACAUACCCAUGGCCCCGCUUCCCCUGCCUGAUUACAAGGUAUCCGAUCCUCAGCAAAAGUCUUACAAAGGGCACGUCGAGACAGAUGUGUGGGAGUCGUUGAUGCGCGAGCUCUUGAUGGAGAUGUGUCGCAACGCACGCCUGCACUACGCUUGA